AAUAUUUUAUUUUUUGCAGGAAACUAUUUUGUGUGAGCCUCAGGUUGAUGGGGAUGGGGGAAUUCCGGCUGGGUGCCAAGCUGACAAGCAAGGCAACUUGUAUGUGGCCGACAUGAGGCUGGGAAUCUUGACAGUCAAGCCUAAUGGAGAAUUCACACAGGUGGCAAGAGUAGACGAGGGAGGAAGGACCAUGCAGGGCUGUAAUGACUGCAGCCUCGACUAUACCGGGAACCUGUGGGUCACGGCACCAGCUGGUGACAUAGCGCCAAAUGAAUAUUUGAGAUCGUUCGAGGAAGGAUUUGGUUCCAUUUACUGCUUGACGACACAGGGAAAAGUGGUUCAUUUGGACACCGGACUCAGAUUCCCAAACGGUAUAGCUGUUGUACAUGACGUGAACGGGCUGCCGGUAAAGCUCAUAGUGGCAGAAACGCCGACGCGAAUCCUCUGGGCUUACGACAUUCAAGGACCUGGAUCUGUCGCCAAUAAAACAAAAUGGGCAAAACUACCAGAUUGUGAGCAAGAAGGUGGCCCAGAUGGAAUGGACUUUGACGAUGUGGGGAAUUUGCUGGUGGCUCACUGGGGUGCCGGGCACAUCGAAGUGUUUGGUCCGGACGGAGGCGAACCCAUCAAGCGUAUCAAGUGUCCUUUUGACAAGCCGAGCAAUGUGCAUUUUGAGCCAAACUCCAACAUCGUGUACGUGACGGAGCAUACGAACCACGCCCUAUGGAAGUUCCAGUGGGAGAACAAGGGCAUGCCUCAGUACUGUGAUAAGAACUGAUGGGACUCGUUCUUUUCAAGCACGAACCUUAACAUUGUUUGCACUGUAGGAGUCCCCGCCCCGCCCCCCCCUCUUUCCCCCCCGAGUGAAAUUUAUUUGUGGUAUAUGCAAGACCUGGGUUAUUUGAGUUAUUUUUAUCUCCCUGAGACAAUUAAGGAACAAAGUCAAAGUGAAGAUGCAUCUGAUGACGGGAAUCCUAUGUGGUAUUUGUUUGUCAUUAUCACAUUAAAAAAAAAAUGUUUGGAAGUCAAUACUCUCCUUCUGUACGUAAGAACGUAUAUGAUAUAUAUAAAUGAAGUUGUUGAUAUUAUCUCUGGUUUUUUUCACAGUAGACAAAAUUUCUUUUACCAUGUAAGGAUCUCAAAUCCUUGUUCUUUUUCUCUUUAUUGCUAUGCUGAAUCUGCCACACACGCUAAAAAAAUUUCGGCGGAACUGGUGUUAAUGUCAACAUGAGGGAAUUUUGGGCAGCUAUGAUUUAUCCAAUUCCAUGUUUUGUUAUUUCUUUUGUUCUUAAAUUAAGUACCGGUAGUAGCGUGAAAAGCCACCAAGUAAUCAAUUUAACCUCAUUCUGUGUGGUCAUGGUAUUUGGUAUCCAUUUGUGGUUGAAAACAAGGUUUUUUAGGGUUUUUUAAAUCUCAAUCUUCAAGGGUUGCCAGCUCGGCAGAUGUUAUUAAUGAAUAGAAGUAGGUUCCACAAGGCCUAGCAACUGAUCUGAACAGGAAGAAAGAGUUGUCUCCCCGUCUCCCUGGUUUUGCUCUUUUCAUCAGCUCUCUGCUUAAACAUGAAAUCUACUUACCAUGUAGGUCUGGUCCCAUGUAUGUCUCUUGGUCCCGUAAAGUUUGUGUUAUUGAGGUUAUACUGUAUCCGUGCCAUGCCUGUCUGAUAGAGGACUACAGCUACCACAGGUACUUAUUCCAGUGACAUUCUAUUUCCAUGACACUCUUUUAAAUUACUUUGUUUUUCUUGAAUUUUUUAACGCCUACCAAUUGAAAUCUUUCAAGAGGCGGACUUAGAUCAUGCCUGUCAGGCCAACCCGGGCUGAGAGGGGUACAACAUUCCAGCAGAAAGACUCAAGACGUUUGAUAAAAAUUCUCCCCGCAGAGGAAUGGGAACUUGGGUCUCCUGCGUGUGAAUAAUUUUCUUGAUUUGACUGUUUCCAUGGAACGAUUCUUUUUUUUUCUUCCGAUCCUUACUGUUUGAGUGUUUGCGCUGGUAUUUGUAUUUUUUAUACUGUUUGUGUUGGUAUUUGUAUUUUUCAUACUGUUUGUGUUGGCAUGAUCUCUGAUUCUGAGAUGUUGUUGUAGUGUUAAUGUUACUGUUGCAUGCAUGUAUUCAAGGACCUCUAGUCUAUGGUUUUUGAAAUGUUCUACAGUUUACCGCUACACCACAAUGUGAAAGUGAAAGGGGAUUCGGUGCUUUUGUUGUCUGGUGGAGGGAAGAUUUUAGCAAAAAUGUUCAGCAGUGUUUGUUGCUUCUGUCCGCCAAGUGUAUUUGUGAUUUAUACGUUGUAGGUCAGAUGGUGAAAACAAAUGUUGCUGGAAAUUACACAUUUAAAAAAAGAUUCAUGUUUGUAAUCUCUAGGUCUUUUGACUCAAUAAAUCCAAAUUAUCAUUAUGCAAUCAUAACUUUUUUAUAUGAUGGAAAUAUAUAUUUGCAAAUGUGAAUUUUCUAUUCCCAGAGCUUUAAUAAACAGAGAAAUAUUGA